AUGGCUGACAUGAAAGGUGGUCAUUUCACACAUGAUGGCAUGCCGGCGCCGUCUGCUGGCGGCGGCCUGGUAAUGCCAUUGUUUUCGCUGAAAGGGAGAACUGCCAUCGUGUCUGGAGCCGGUGCAGGCAUCGGCUUGGCCAUCGCCCAUGCCUACGCCGAGGCCGGUGCUAAUGUAGCUAUCUGGUACAACAGCAACAAAAAGGCACUGGAUGAAGCGGCCAAUAUUGAAAAGAGAUUCGGUGUCAAAUGCAAGGCAUACCCAGUGAACGUUCAGUCGUGGGAAGCGGUGCGUGACGCGGUCGAUGAGAUUGUGAAGGAGUUCAACGGGCGAUUGGAUGUCUUCGUCGCCAACUCGGGCAUUGCCUGGGAAGACGGCCCGUUUAUCGACGGGCCCCUAGAUCGGAUGCAGAAAGUCCUGGCCGUCAACAUUGACGGCACCUUCUACUGCGCUCGGGCAGCCGCACUCCACUGGAGACGGCAGAAGCAGGAGGGUACUACUAUUGAUGGCCAAAAGCUGGAGAACUUUAGCUACGGCAGCUUCAUCGCCACAGCAUCGAUGUCGGGCCACAUUGCCAACGUCCCGCAAAUGCAGACAACUUACAACGCUUCCAAGGCAGCGAUCAUCCACGCAUGCAAGUCAUUCGCAGUAGAAUGGGUUGGCUUUGCUCGGGCCAACAGCAUCAGCCCUGGGUAUAUCAAGACCGAUAUCUCCAACUUCAUCCCAGCCGAGACGAAGGGCUAUUUCAAAGACAAGAUCCCCAUGGGUCGCGAGGGAGAGCCGGAGGAGCUGAAAGGAGCUUACCUGUACCUGGCUUCCGAUGCCUCGUCAUACACGACUGGAAUUGACAUGCUAGUGGACGGAGGCUACUGUGCAGUAUAA